GUACCCCCAGAACCUCCCCGAAGAAGGACCUGUUUGUUUUUGUUAUUAGGUUCUUUUUUGUUUUGUUUUGUCUGUUUGUUUUCAACAUGGCAGCCUCCAGCCGCGCACAAGUGUUAGAUCUGUACCGGGCGAUGCUGAGAGAGAGCAAGCAUUUCAGCGCCUACAAUUACAGAAUGUAUGCUGUCAGGAGGAUAAGAGAUGCCUUCCGAGAAAAUAAGAGUGUAAAGGAUCCUGUAGAAAUUCAAGCCCUGGUAAAUAAAGCCAAAAGAGACCUUGAAAUAAUCCGCAGACAGGUUCAUAUUGGCCAACUGUAUUCGACUGACAAACUUAUCAUUGAGAAUCAAGAGAAGCCCAGGACAUAGGAGUCCAGCACUAGGAAACCGUGUCCAGCAGCAGAACUGACCGCCUUCAGCAUCCAUUCUGUAUGCUGUGGAACCUCCCAGUGCUGGCUGAACAGAGCCUCUUCCUCUUCCUGCCUUAUAGGAGCUGAUAAACUGGGUCACAUUUGCAUUCUGGCACAGCCAUGAUGUGAAGAAAUGGCUGUGUAUCCUCAAUCCAAGUGUUAGAAUGAAGAGCUAGAGGUCACUCACAAUAAUGCCAUGUGUUAUUGUGACUCCUCUCCAUCCCACCCAUCUUAAAGAUCACCCAUGUGUAGAGCUUUUGCAGACUUUGUGUCUUAGUCCUUAAAAAUAAACAGAAUUAUCUCCCUAUCCUUUUGUACCAAAUAAACCUAUUACAAUGAA